CUAUGCUCAAUGUUUUCCUCGUUGUUUGUGUCUGUAGCUCAUCAGCUGUUGAAUAAUUUUGUUAAAUCCCUGAGUCUAUUCUCGUUUGGCCAGUCUCAAAAAUAUUCUCGCUGGAGAAGGAUGAAGAAAAUUUUAGCUUCGAUCUGUUUUGUCAUUUGUUUAAAUUUUGUUUAUUCCUACUAUGACCUAAGAGUAAAUGAGAGGUGCAAUGCUCAUACCGGUCAGCAAGGAAUUUGUAAAGAUGCUCGUAAUUGUGGAUCAUUUCAAGCUGAUCGGAAUAGAAUAUUGAUUUGCUCAUUUCAAGGAAGAAUUCCAAUUGUUUGUUGUCCAUUAAGAGGAUCUGUUGGGACGGUAAUUAAUGCUCCGCCUCCUACAACAACUAGACAGACUACAACAACAGCCAAACCGAAAAGAAUUAGUGCAUCUAAAUGCGACAGAUAUGCUGAAUUGAUAUAUGCUCCACCAGUAUCCAGAAGAAAACGAUCUCCUAAAAAAUCCCCUUCCGAUCAAUUAGGAAACAAUAAUGUUACUUUUGUUGGAGGUGUAAAAGCUGAGUACAAUGAAUUUCCUCAUAUGACUGCUAUUGGAUGGAGACGCGAUAAUACUGUAAUAGACUGGCUAUGUGGUGGAUCAUUGAUAAGUGAAAACUUUGUCUUAACGGCUGCACAUUGCGCGUCAGUUGGUCGAGAACCACCAGACGUUGUAAGAAUCGGCGAUCAGGAUUUAACUGUGAAUGAAGAUUCAAUAGCUCCUCAAGAAAUUGACAUUAAGACAAUCAUUGUUCAUCCAGAAUACAAGCAUACACUUAAGUAUCAUGACCUUGCCUUGUUUGAGCUUGUUAAUCCAAUUACAAUCUCAAAAAAUGUAUGUCCAGCAUGUUUACGUCAAUCACUUGCUGAUCCAUCUGGAGCUGUCGAAGCUAUGGGAUAUGGUCAAACAAGCUUUGCCGGAAUUCAAUCAAAUGCAUUACUGAAAGGUUUCUUAACAGUUGUUAACAAUGCAGAAUGCAGCAGUGCUUACAGUGAAGAGUCGUCUGACCUUCCACAAGGCAUCACUCAACAACAACUCUGUGCAUGGGAUCCAGAAGGAAAUAAAGACACAUGUCAAGGUGAUUCUGGUGGACCACUGCAAACAACAAAACGUACACUGACGUCAAAUAAAAAGUAUUACGAGAUCGUUGGUGUCACAUCAUUUGGAAAGCUUUGUGCUGCAGGCGUCCCUGGUGUUUAUUGCUUCCCCAAGCUAUACCAGUCUCAAAGUAAACAUUACGAAGUAAAGAUGCAAAUCUUUGUCUGUUUAACAAUUUUUAUUCUUUUAUUGAGAUAUUCAGAAAGUGUCUUUGACCUGACAGAGAAUGCUCAAUGCUCAUCAGAGUUUACUGGAGACAGUGGAGUUUGUGUUCAAGCAAAAAAAUGUAAAGAGUUCAAAACCAAAAGAAAUGAAUUAAAAAUUUGCUCUUUUCAUGGAAAAAUUCCACUUGUGUGCUGUUCUGCGGGAGACGCUAGUGAUUUGGUUAAAAGUGGAGACGUUCCAGUGAAAAGGAUCAGUGCAACAAAAUGUGAGGAAUACAUCCAACAGUCAGCUGACUCUUCUUCAUCAGCUCGAUUCAAAAGAUCGCCACAAGAAGGAACAAACUAUUACACACCAGCUUUCGUGGGAGGUAUAAAAGCAUUAAUUAAUGAAUUUCCUCACAUGUCAGCGAUUGGAUGGAAGCGAAGCAACAACAAAACAGAUUGGAUGUGUGGUGGGUCACUAAUAAGUGAGAAAUUUGUCUUAAGUGCUGCUCAUUGUGGUUCAUUAGGAAGGAAAGUGCCAGAUGUUGUGAGAAUUGGCGAUCAAGAUUUAGUUGUCAAUGAAAGAGGAAUAACACCACAAGAAGUUACUAUUGCGAAUAUUAUGAUUCAUCCUGAAUACAAGCAUCCGAUAAAGUAUCAUGACCUUGCACUGUUUGAACUAAGUACAAAAGUUUUCUUCACAAAAGACGUUCUUCCAGCUUGUUUAUAUCAAUCAAGUAAUGAUCCUAUGCAAUCAGUUGAAGCUAUGGGAUAUGGACAAACAAGUUUUGGUGGUCCACAGUCAAAUGCACUGUUGAAAGGAUACCUUAAUAUUGUUGACAAUGCUAAAUGUAAUGAAGCCUAUGAGGAUGACCAAAGUGAUCUUCCACAAGGAAUUACUAAGCACCAAAUGUGUGCAUGGGAUCCAGAUGGAAAUCGUGAUACCUGUCAAGGAGAUUCUGGUGGACCUCUGCAAAUCACAAAAUAUUCAACAGGCUCCAAAAAGUAUCAUGAAAUCAUUGGCAUCACAUCAUUUGGUAAAUUCUGUGCAGCUGGAAUUCCUGGAGUCUACAUUCGAGUGUUCGCAUAUCUUGAUUGGAUUGAAAGUGUUGUAUGGAAAUAAAAUAAACUAGAUUCAAGGGGAAUCACUAGCUGGAUAAAAGGGGAAAUCCCCAAGGGAAAAUAACUCGUAUGAAAAUGCGUGAAAAUACAUGUAAAUACAGGUAUGCACAGAAAAUAAAUUACCAUAAAUAUAUUGGGAUUAAAAUAAUAAUUAAAAGGUACAUUUUAAGGAAUAAUGAAAAAAAAGACAUAAUUGUUUAUUAUUUAUUUAAAUAUUAUUGUCAACAGAACGUAUGAAAGUAGCUAUGUCUUCCUGAGUAAAGUCUAGAUUAGCUUAACAUGAAAUUUAUAUAGCUUUAAUUCAAAAUACUUAAUUAUG